AUGCAGACACCGGAGAAUUCAGGAGGAGAAACAUCAGUGAGAGGUGGGAUCCUUGCGGGAGGCUCCCUGGAUGAGGUGGGAGCUCAGUCUUUGGGGACGGAUGCAGAUUCAGGCGGGGGUGAGGGUCAGGAGGACCGCAGUUUGUGUAACAGCCUGAGAGCCCGAGGCUUGCUCUGUGGUCAGCCACCCAGCUUGGCUGGAGCAGAGGGUUUAGGGAGGCGAGGAGCUUUGGGACUGAGACGCGAUCCUCCAGAUGUCCCCGAGGAGGCUGCCAAAUCAGCUUUGCCUGACCUGCUUUCUCAGUGGACGGUCCCAUCAGGGGCAUCAAAUCCAAGCUGCCAGAGCGCAGCCAGGUGCAUCCCGCUGGCCACCUGUCAGCUGAGCUCAUCUGCUCCGGACCCCCGCGCCUCACUGUGUAAUGUCAGCUAUCGAUAUUGUUAUAAUAUUAUCGCUAUUUUUAUGAUUCCCACAAACCCACCACCAACAUUCAGGAAGCCGGAACUUUGUUCUGAUGAUUUCACCAAUUUUGUUAAAAAGUGCCUAGUGAAGAAUCCUGAGCAGAGAGCUACUGCAACACAACUUUUACCGCACCCUUUUAUCAGGAAUGCAAAACCUGUAUCAAUUUUAAGAGACUUGAUCACAGAAGCUAUGGAAAUCAAGGCUAAAAGACACGAAGUAGGGCGAGACUUGGAAGAAGAAAAUUCGGAUGAAGAUGAGCUGUAUUCCCACACCAUGGUGAAGACUAGCUCGGAAAGUGUGGGCACCAUGAGGCCCACAAGCACGAUGAGUGAAGGGGCCCAGGCCAUGAUUGAACAUAAUAGCACAAUGUUAGAGCCUGACUUGGGGACCAUGGUUAUAAACAGUGAGGAUGAGGAAGAAGAUGGAACUAUGAAAAGAAAUGCAACUUCACCACAAGUACAAAGACCAUCUUUCAUGGAUUACUUUGAUAAACAGGACUUCAAGAAUAAGAGUCAUGAAAACUGUAAUCAGAAUAUGCAUGAACCCUUCCCUAUGUCCGAAAAUGUUUUUCCUGAUAACUGGAAAGUUCCUCAAGAUGGAGACUUUGACUUUGGGUUUCCCGGGUGGCGCAGUGGUUGA